AUGGACGAGGCCAGGGCGCAUGCGUCCACCGUGUGGGAGGCGGUGGCGCAUAAGGCGAGCAACCUGGUCCAGACCUACUCGUCGAGCCCCUCCGAGGCGGUUGCCCUGUGCGGGGGCCUCAUGGGUUCCGGGUGCCAGGCCUUUGCUCAGCAGCAACCCAUGCCAGCGGUGUCCCCCCUCAAGGGCACCAUGAGCUGCCUGAGGGACUGCAACCAUGCUGGGAAGUGCGUGGCCUUCAAGGGCUUCUGCCAGUGCCCAGCGGGCUGGACUGGGGAAGGCUGCCUGACGCGCGAGCGCCGCCCCUGCACCCACGAGACCCGUCAGUGGGGCUUCACCAGGCUGGACCCCAAGGUCAACCUGACGGAGUUCAGGGUGGAGGAGGGCACCGAAUAUCACCCCAUCGCCGGCGGCCGCAGCUCGCUGUGUGCGGGGACCUGCGACGACGACAUCUCGCUCUGCUACUGCCCCUCCGACACCAAGUACGGUCGCAUCCCGCCUGGAGAACAUUCACUCCCAGGCGCGCCCCCCAUCCGGAAGGGUCGGCCCAUGGGGCAAUGGUGCCAGCCAAAGCAGGACAAGGAAGGUUUCCCCAUCCGAUGGGGCACUGUCGACUACGAUUUCCUGUUCAAUGAUAAAACGGGCUGGUGCAAUGCCGAGCACCCAGCGGGGAGGUGUGACUGCUAUCAGGAUGGCAUCUCGGGUGCCACCUGCGAGACGAUCUACGAGCACACCUGCGUGAAUCAGUGCAAUGGCCAUGGGGAGUGCUACAUAGGGUACUGCCAGUGCCACAAGGGCUGGUUCGGCCACGACUGCGCAUAUCGCAUGGAGGGCGUCGAGGACUCGCCAGGCCUGGAGGUGGAGCGACCCUGGAUUGCAGACAUGGUGUACACCCCCGCCACCCACGAGCCGGCCGCCAACGCCACCCGCCUGCGGCCCCUCAUCUGGGUGUACGAGAUGCCGGAGGAGUACGCCUCACGCAUGCUCCAGUACCGGGUGGACGGGGGAUUCUGCAACCACCGUCAGUUCACCGGGGGGAAUGUGACAGACUUCAAGGACCACAACUACUACCAGCUCGAGAUGGGGCUGCAUGAGAUGCUGCUGCAAAGCCCCCAUCGGACCCUGGAUCCAGAGGAGGCCGACUUCUUCUACGUCCCCGUGUACACAAGCUGCCUCAUCAUGCCGGUCCAGAACUUUGGCGACGGGCCCUACUACCACAGCCCGCUCUCAUAUGGAGGGCGCACCGUCCAGGCCGGCGGCCUGCUGGAGGACGCCUUCCAUUGGAUCCGGGCGCACUACCCCUACUGGAAUCGAAAGGGGGGGAGGGACCACAUCUGGCUGGCGACACACGACGAGGGCUCCUGCUGGGUCCCAAACGUCAUCCGCCCCUCCAUCAUCUUCUCCCACUGGGGCAGGACAGACCACAACCACACCAGUUGGACGGGCUAUGGUCCCGACAACUACUCGCUCAACAUCUCACACCCGCUGUACGCACCCAAGGGCAACCUCCACCGCAUCACCAAGGGCCCCUGCUAUGACCCCGUCAAAGGCGAGGGCCCCGAGGGCAAGGCAGGGCAUCUGGUGGUGCCCACCAUGCGCUCCCCGAAGCACUACGCUCGGUCCCCGCUCCUGGGCUACCCACCCGUCCCCCGCACCCGCCUCGGCUUCUUCAAGGGCAGGAUGCAGUUCGAGAACCUGCCCUACUCACGGGGUGUGCGCCAGAAGCUCGCCCGCCAGGCGUGGGAAGAGGACUGGGCCGGGGCGCACAACAUUCUGAUCCUGGACAACACGAAUGUCACACAGAAGACGUACAGCGAGUUCCUGGUCGAGUCCACCUUCUGCCUGGCCAUCAUCGGCAAGGGAUGGCUGGACGUCACGGUAUGA